UCUUAAUCUCGUGUGAGUGGGUGGAGGAAGGUGGCUGAGCAGAGGAACAGACAGAGCCGCGAGGACUGACUCGGACACACACACACACACACACACAGUUAGAAUGGCAGCAGGCCAAGAGACUAAACUCCAGCUGGUUCAGAGACACAUCCGAGCUUUCCCGGACUUCCCCAAGAAAGGCAUCCUGUUCAGGGAUAUCUGUCCCAUCCUGAAGGAUCCAGCUGCUCUGACAGCAGUCAUCGACCUGUUUGAGGAGCAUGUGAGGAAGAAUCACCCGCAGGUUGAUCUGAUCGUGGGUUUAGAUGCUCGUGGUUUCCUGUUCGGGCCUCUGCUCGCCCAGCGGCUGGGUGUUGGCUUCGUCCUGGUCAGAAAGAAAGGCAAACUGCCUGGAACCACGGUGUCUGUAGCAUAUGAUUUGGAGUAUGGCAAGGCAGAGGCAGAGAUCCAGGAGGACGCUGUGUCUCCAGGACAGAAAGUUCUACUCAUCGAUGACCUUCUGGCUACUGGAGGGACACUGUAUGCAGCCUGUGAGCUGAUGAAAAAGCAGCAGGCUGAGAUUCUGGGCUGCAUGGUGGUCAUCGAGCUCAGUGAGCUUAACGGCAUCGACAAACUGAAACCCCUCAGCGUGUUCUCUCUGGUUCAGUACUGAGCAGCGCUGCAGCCGCUUCGCUGCAAACAAGUCACGCACUGAUUUCACAAACACUCAGGUGCAUCCCGUCUCUCAUUUUAAUCAUCAACUGACAUGCAGUUUCAGUCAGAACUAAAAUACAGUGUUUUUAAUUUAUUCAUAAAUCUGUUAAUGCAGUGUUGCAAGGGCUAGAGCCUUACCCAGCAUGCUUUGGGCUAAUGACAGAGAGACAGCUGUGUUUCUGCGAAUCUCAGAAUGUCUCAAAAUGUUUAUAAUAUUCUCUUCUUCUCACCUAAUGCAUGCUGGGAUCAGUCCCUGCAUCAGUGUAAGCCUAAACUGGAUGGUUGGAUGGAUGGAUGUUCAAAAGGCAAAACAUUUUGUCUGUUGCAGACUGAAUGAUUAAGUGUCUACUUUUUCCGUUUUUUUUUCAUGUAGUUUUACAUCUUUCAAUUGCCGUUUUUAGCUUCAUCUGUAUGUUAACCCUUUGAAACUGUGGCAAAUCAGCCUGAUUGCUUUCAAAAACAUGCGAAGAAGGCAAUGAGCAAGU